AAUUGAUAAGUAACGCCUAUACUUGAGAAGUUGCAAGAAAGCAGCAAUUUGAGCCAGGUUAUCUCCUCCCCUUACUAAAACGACGUGGUGAUAUAGCAACUGUCAAUUGCUGUAUUAGCUAGCUAUGCAUAACAUCAUCAACUUUCUUCGUUCUUGUUAUUGUACCAGAAUAUUAUGAGCAGAAUUCUUGCCCAAAAACUCCAAACAUUGUUGAAUCAAUUUCUAGCUCUUAACCAGCUUAAACAAAUUCAUGCAGUCCUCAUCACAAACGGUCUUAACCACUUUGAGAACCUCUUGGCUCGUCAAUUACUACUCUCAACUGCUAACUACUCUCUGUAUGUUGCUCAGUAUUUCCAACAAAUUCUUCAACGCUUGCAAAACCCAGAUGCCUUUACGUGGAGUUGUGCUAUACGGUUUUUCUCCCUCCAUGGCCAAUUCAAAACUUCCUUUUCUAUUCAUGUUCAAAUGCAGAGACUAGGACUUUGUCCAAGUAGUUUUUCCUUGUCAUCUUCAUUGAAGGCAUGUGCUAGGAUGUUGAAUGAGAGCGGUGGAGUUUCGGUUCAUGCCCAGGUUUAUAAGUAUGGAUUCUGUCGUUGUGUUUAUGUGCAGACAGCCCUUGUCGAUCUUUAUUCGAAACUGGGUGAUAUGAAGAAUGCACAGAAGGUGUUUGAUGGAAUGCUGGAGAAGAACGUGGUUUCUUGGAAUUCUAUCUUAUCUGGGUAUUUGAAAUCUGGGAAUUUGGAAAAGGCCCAAAGGGUGUUUGAUGAAAUUCCGAGGAAAGAUGUUGUAUCAUGGAACUCUAUAGUAUCAGGUUAUGCAAAGAUAGGGAAAAUGGAUGAGGCGUUAUUUUUGUUUCAACAGAUGCCUGAGAGGAAUUUGUCCUCCUGGAAUACAGUGAUCAGUGGAUAUGUGAACUGUGGGAGCAUGGAAUCAGCACGAAGCAUUUUUGAUUCCAUGCCCAUAAAAAAUAAUGUUUCUUGGAUUACGAUGAUUUCUGGGUAUUCAAAAUGUGGCAACAUUGAGUCAGCUCGACUGCUCUUUGAUCAGAUGAAUGAGAAAGACCUCUUCUCAUAUAAUGCCAUGAUAGCGUGCUAUGCACAAAAUGGCCAACCGAAGGAGGCCCUUGGCCUGUUUAAUCAAAUACUCGAACUGGACAGUAAAAUUCAACCUGAUGAGAUGACUUUGGUUAGUGUUUUAUCUGCUUGUUCACAACUGGGGGACCUGAGACUUGGAUUUUGGAUUGAGUCAUAUAUUAAUAAGCAUAGAAUUCAUUUGGAUGAUCAUCUGGCUACUGCUUUCAUUGACUUGUAUGCAAAAUGUGGAAACAUUGAUAAGGCAUAUGAGCUGUUUCGUGGCUUAGGAAAGAAGGAUUUGGUUGCUUAUUCUGCAAUGAUAUUGGGAUGUGGAAUAAAUGGUAAGGCAAUUGAUGCAAUCGAGUUGUUUGAAGAGAUGAUAAAUGCCCAAAUUUGCCCAAAUCUAGUUACCUAUACAGGGCUUCUAACUGCCUAUAGCCAUGCUGGUUUAGUUGAAAAAGGCUACCAGUGUUUUGACUCCAUGAAAGACCAUGGCGUAUCACCUUCAGCUGAUCACUACAGCAUUAUGGUUGACCUUUUAGGCAGGGCAGGAAGAUUAGAAGAAGCAUAUGAGUUGAUAAAAAGCAUGCCAUUACAGCCUCAUGCUGGUGUUUGGGGUGCUUUGCUUCUUGCUUGUAGGUUACAUAACAAUGUCCAGCUCGGGGAAAUUGCUGCUUGGAAUUGCUUUAAAUUGGAGCCUGAUACAACUGGCUAUUGUUCUCUUCUUUCCAACAUAUAUGCUUCUGUUGAGAGGUGGGAUGAUGCGGGGAGAAUGAGAAAGGUUGUCGAUGAAAAAGGAUUUACCAAAAUACCUGGGUGUAGCUGGAUGGAAUCAGUUUGACAUUUUUACAAAUUGAAGAUCAGGCAUAGAAUCGUGCUUAAAGAUAUUAAAACUUGAAUCUUUUUGGGUUUUCAUGAUGGCGGCUUGAUAUUUCUGAUCCCGAUUCUUCUAUUGUUAGGCGUACAGAAUCCCUUACUCAAGUUAAAAUGCCUAGAAGCCAUUAGACUUGUCAGAGAUAUAAAAAGAAGAUAGGAAAGAAGAAUUGAUCAACGUUUAUCUUCUUCAAGAUGAUAGUUCUAGAGUUUGAAGAUUGUCUUCUUCAUUGUGGUAGACAGGAAUAUUUCUUUUUGGAGUGAAGUGCUCUGCCAAGGCGAAUUGAUCAACGUUUAUGGAUUAGUUUCAGAAACACGAGUGUGCAAAAGAUCACAUGCCUUCUCUUUUACUUGUCCUCGCCCUAUUCUUUGAUUCUUUGGUAAAUUAAGAAUCAUGAAUACAACUUUUUUAUGUCAUCAACUCCCUCACUUGUAGCAUGUAAUGUUAGAUUCGGACGCGACUGAUGAUAAAGUCAUGCCAGAAACAUCUAAAGACCUAGGAAAUUCCACAAUAAAUUUUCAUCCCUCCAACAAUUGUUAAAUUCACCUGCAAGAAUUUGUAUAGAAUUUAGUAAUGAUGCAAUAGUAUUAUUGGACACUAGGGUGGACCUAUGUUGGACUUUCAAAGAGAUCCCAAUAGUAAGUUUGUAAGGUUUAUCCUCUUACUA